UUUAAUUUUAGUGGAUAUUUGAUUUUUUUGGCUAAUUUUGUGUUCUUGAAGUGGGUUUUGGAGAUGGGUUUGGUUAAGUUGUUGUGUUAGUGGGUUUUCUAGAGCUGAAUUGGUGUAUUUCACGUGUUUUUUGGGGUAAGGGGCUAAACUUUCUGCUUAAAAAUACUAUUUUUUCUAGUUUAUUUUGUUUGUGCUGAUUGGGAUUAGAUGCCCUCAGUAAUGGUUUCUAUUUUAAGGUUUUGUAAGAGUUUAAGUGCCUCUUACAUAAUCUUGGUGAGUUGCUGUCUUAAAAUUCACGUAUUAGGAUCCGUUGUUCAGGAGGUAGGAAGACGAGGGGAAGGGAGUAGAAAAGGAUGGUAAAAAGCUGGUGGUGAAUGAUACAAGUGGUAUAAUUCGGUGUGUGGUGUCUGGCUUGUGAUAGCAUACGGGGAAAUAUUAGGGACAUGUGGUAAAGAUUUGUAUCUAAGAUGUAAAUGGGACACGGUAAUGAUGCUUAAGUUUACUAGAGGAACAUUUAAAUUGUAGGAUUCAAUAACUUAAGUUUCCUUAUCAAUUUGUGUUGUUUCAAGUUAUGGUCCUAAAGUCAAGACAUUACACGCCUAACUGUUUGAUAAAUGAUGCCAAAGCUUUGAUGAGGGAAGUAGACCUUCUGUCAAGUUAAGUGGAUUUAUGGUUCCUUAACAUCUACUGCAAAAAGAGAUGAGUACUUUGCCUAAAUAAAAAAAAUGCUGCAUUUUGGUUGUUACUACAAAUGUUUUCUGAGAAGCUCUGACAUCUUAUUGUGAUGUAUAUGCCUGGUAAAAAUGGCUCGCAAUGUAGCAGUGCCAUUGAUUACUAUUUUUCCCACCAGGCUCUGAAAGUUGUCCUUGCCUAUUUUCCCUCUAAUCAAGGAUCUUUUGAUGCCUAUGAAGUUUCUGGAAGGCAGCAUGACUACGAGUCCAUUAUGAUGUAAUUUUGGAAGGAACGUGAUGCUUAUGCCAUGAGCUUGUUUCAAACAUUAAAGCGGAAGAGUGAUGCAGCAGAUCAUCAAGGUGAGUCCAGUGAGUGGAAUGCUGGUCAUGGAUAUAUGGAAGUAGUGACCAGCCCCCUGCAGACACCUGUAUCAGGAAAGGGGGGAAAGACACCCAAAACAUCAAGACUCUCAAAGAGCAGUAAAUCUGGAUCUCAGAGUGCUGCUGCUGCUCUUGGUUCUCCUGGAAAUAAUCUUACUCCAUCUGGUCCAUGUCGCUAUGACAGCUCUCUAGGUCUCUUGACUAAAAAAUUCAUCAAUUUGAUCAAACAUGCUGAAGAUGGCAUCCUUGAUCUUAAUAAAGCUGCUGAGACUUUAGAGGUUCAAAAAAGGCGGAUAUAUGACAUAACAAAUGUUCUAGAAGGAAUUGGUCUUAUAGAAAAGAAGCUCAAAAAUAGAAUUCAGUGGAAGGGACUUGAUGUAUCAAGGCCAGGGGAGGCGGAUGAUAAUAAUGUUGCUACUUUGCAGGCAGAAGUUGAAAACCUGACCAUGGAGGAACGCAGAUUAGAUGAACAAACAAGAGAAAUGCAAGAAAGAUUGAGGGACCUAAGUGAAGAUGAAAAUAAUCAAAAGUGGCUUUUUGUCACUGAGGAAGACAUCAAGAGCUUACCUGGCUUCCAGAAUGAAACCUUGAUAGCAAUUAAAGCUCCACAUGGUACCACUCUAGAAGUCCCAGAUCCCGAUGAGGCAGUUGAUUAUCCUCAGAGGAGAUACAGGAUAGUCCUUAGGAGUACAAUGGGCCCAAUAGAUGUUUAUCUUGUCAGUCAAUUUGAAGAGAAAAUUGAGGAUAUUCAAGGUGUUGAGCCACCUCCAAGCUAUCCAUCAACCUCAGGCUUCAAUGAAAAUCCAGCUAUUACAAUGACCAUGGAGGAGAGCAGAGGAAAGGAGGUUGAAAUGCAGGAACAAGAUGGUCAUAGAAUGUGCUCAGAACUUAACACCGCACAUGACUUUGUGAGUGGGAUCAUGAAGAUUGUUCCCUCAGAUGUUGAUAGUGAUGCAGAUUACUGGCUUUUAUCAGAUGCUGGUGUUAGCAUUACAGACAUGUGGCGUAACGAACCUGCGGUUGAAUGGAAUGACUUGGACACACUUCCUAAUGAUUAUGUCAUGCCAAAUGUCUGCCCACCACAGCCCCAGACUCCACCAUCUAAUCCAACAGAAGUGCCUCCCGGUACUAACACGACUGCUGGAUGAAAGGGAAAUGUUGGAGAAUCAAGUAAAAGAUAAAUGGCUUUUUUUGGGUCAAGAACCUAUGGCAACCACCCUCUGCCUUUACCGUUGUGAUAUUUUGGAGGUUAGAUCGAGGGUUCCUGCAAGCUACCAUAGCUCCAAAGAAACUAAAGCUUGCAGAGGUAGCUAGUUCAUUGUACAGCUUAAGUAAUAUACAUGAUACGUAUGAUUCUAGUGGCAAAUAAAGAAGGUAACUGACUUUUGAUCGAUUCUUGUAUAUUUCUCCGCUUCAUGGCUUUGUUGUAUUUAUAUCCGUUUAGGUGGCAAACUAUGUAAUAUAUAAUGCGAUGACAGUAUUCACUCCUGUUUAGAAACUCAAAAAUAGAUAUACUUUCUGA